UACAGGGUUUUGCUGUGUAGCCCAUCUUUGUUCUUGCUCAUGGUCCUCCUGCUGCAAUCUGUGUUAGCUUAUAGGCAUGUGCUCCCACACUCGGCUGUUUAUUGCUGUAUGUAUGUAUGUAUGUAUGUAUGUAUGUAUGUAUGUAUGUUUGUAUGUUUGUAUGUAUGGUAUGUAUGUAUUUACUGAGACAAGGUUUGUCUGUGUAGCCCUGGUUGUCCUGGAACUCACUCUGUAGACCAGGCUAGCCUCGAACUCAACCAAAGAUCUUCCUGCCUCUGCCUCCUGAGUGUUUUGAUGGAAGGCAUGUGCCACCAUGACUCCUUGACUCGGCCGUGUGCACCUCUUUCCCCAGCUCUUAUGUUUGCCUGUCACUAGCAAUUCAGAGCCUCUCAUUUUUCUUUCCCUGCCUUGAGACUCAGCUUGAGGGCCAGCCACCUUUUGAGGUAGCGUUGAUGGACGUCCCAUGCAUUCAUUUUAGGUAUCAGUAACUUAAGACAGCAUGUGUUGUAGUCUUCGCUUCUUGGGUUUAUCUUCUGAUUCUUUUUUCUUUUUAAAUUGUAUUUAUUUUAUGUGCACAGAGUUUUGGCCUGAAUGUAUAUCUGUGUACUGCGUGUGCCUGGUGCACAUGGAGGCCAGAAGAAGGUGUUUGAUCCCCUGGGAUUAAAAUUAAAUGGUUGUGAUCUAGUUUGUGGGUACUGGGAAUCAAACACAGAUCCUCUAGAAAGAGAUGCUAGCAUUCUUAACCACUGAGCCACCUCUCACUCUUAAGAGCCAGAAAAACCAGGGGUUAGACAGGGGACUCAUCCGGCAGAGUGCUUUCCUGACAUGUACAAAGUCCUGGGUUUGACCUUUGUCACCCCACAAAGUGGGGAUGGUGGCACAAGUCUGCAGUCCUAGCAUUCAGGAGGUAGAGGCAGGAGGAUCAAAAGGGUCCAAGGUCAUCCUCAGCUACAUCAGCUGUGUGAGACCCAUCUGGGCUCAAAAAUAAGCAGAACGGAACCGAACAAAACAAACACCAAAUUAAAAAAACAAAACAAAACAAACAAACAAAAACCUUCGACACCAAACCAAUCAACCAAAUAAAAAAAACCUAGAACAAAACAAAAACAUAAGCCAAAAAAAAAAAAACUAAACUAAAUAAUUUCUACAGCUAGAAACAUGAUAUGUGUGCUUUUAGAGCAGCUGCUUGAGAAUUUUAAUCCAAGGAUUUAGUGUGUGUGCAGAUAAAAAUUUUGAUAUACAAAGGAAAGUAGGAAAAUUCUCUACAGCUGUUUGUGGUUGAUUCUUGCCAGGCAGAAUAACAUGUAGGUGAUAAGUAGGACUCCUAUUUAUACGGGUGCAAUAAACAGGAUUCCUAAAAGAAAAUAGGUGUAUUCAGUGUCCUUGUAAACAGUGAACAAAGUUAGAUCAUGGAAGAUCUAUAUGUACAGACAAAGAAAAAUUACUUUCAUCUAAAAACAAUUUUUGUUAGUUCAAUCUUUGCUUUAAAAAAAAAAAAAACAAAAAACAACCAAGCCGGGUACGAAAGCAGAUGCUUGUAAUCCAGGCACUUGGGGACUAGACACAGGGGGAUUGGGAGUUCGAAGCCAGUGUCGGCUCCACAGCUGGAUUGAGGACAAUCUGAGAAAGGGAGGGAGGGAGAAAGGAGAGAAAGAGAGAGAGAGAGAGAGAGAGAGAGAGAGAGAGAGAACUCCUCUUUAAGCAAUUUGCUUAAAGAAAUUCAGAGAAACUGAUACCAAAUUGCUCUCUUGCAUAGAGAAAUUUGUGAAGUAAAACCCUUCCUUGAAGCGCAAACUUUCCCAAGGACCUUUACUACGCUGAUCGGAAAGACGUCAUUUUGAGAAGCGUAGCAAUCGAGGUGUUAAUUUGGUACAAAUACAGAUGGAUCGCUUUAGAGACAGUGUGGAAUUAAAUAUUACAAGGCAUUCUGUUUUGCUUAUUUAAUAGAGAGUGAGGCUGGGCCGGGCCACAUCUCCAGGGACCCUGGGCAGAUGUGGACUGAGUGCCUACAGCGCUUCGGGGUAAACACUGUAAAAAUAAACGAAUGAGCACAGUAAUGGGAUAUGAUGGACAGGAUGCUGGGUAAUCACUGAAAAUGCUUUGUCCGAGACCCAGAAAGGACUUCAACCUCUAGGUCUAUUAAUCUGGCUUCUGUCACCCAGCAGGGCUAGUGGCCCUUCAGGUUCCAAAUCAUAAACGUCUGAUUUGCCCUUGGUAUGCCUUAACAAUUUUGUUUUCUUUCCACUGAAAUCUGUUAUCUCACCCUAAAAAAGGAAAAUAUACAGACUGGCAGUAUCGAGCUCUGCUAUCUGGGACCUUGAGAAUUUCACAAGCAGUUCAGGAAGGGCUCUGAACUCUGGACUCUGGGAAAAGCAUUGACCAUGAGGUUGACCCUGUUAUUGGCUGCCCUACUUGGGUAUAUCUACUGUCAAGAAACGUUUGUGGGAGAUCAAGUUCUUGAGAUCAUCCCAAGUCAUGAAGAGCAAAUUAGAACUCUGCUGCAAUUGGAGGCUGAAGAGCAUCUCGAGCUUGAUUUUUGGAAAUCACCCACCAUCCCUGGGGAGACAGUCCACGUUCGAGUCCCUUUUGCUAGCAUCCAGGCUGUCAAGGUUUUCUUGGAGUCCCAGGGGAUCGAUUAUUCCAUCAUGAUCGAAGAUGUUCAAGUUCUGUUGGAUCAAGAGCGGGAAGAAAUGCUAUUCAACCAGCAAAGAGAGCGUGGUGGGAACUUCAACUUUGAGGCCUACCAUACCCUGGAAGAGAUUUACCAAGAAAUGGAUAACCUCGUGGCUGAGAACCCCGGUCUAGUGAGCAAAGUGAAUAUCGGUUCAUCUUUUGAAAAUCGGCCCAUGAAUGUGCUCAAGUUCAGCACCGGAGGAGACAAGCCAGCCAUCUGGCUUGAUGCGGGGAUCCAUGCUCGAGAGUGGGUUACACAAGCUACUGCACUGUGGACAGCAAACAAGAUUGCUUCUGAUUAUGGAACUGAUCCAGCCAUCACGUCUCUUCUUAAUACUCUGGAUAUCUUCCUGCUGCCUGUCACCAAUCCCGAUGGAUAUGUGUUCUCCCAAACCACCAAUCGAAUGUGGAGAAAGACCCGUUCUAAAAGGUCAGGAAGCGGCUGUGUCGGUGUGGAUCCUAAUCGGAACUGGGAUGCAAAUUUCGGAGGACCUGGAGCCAGUAGCAGCCCUUGCUCUGACUCAUACCACGGACCCAAGCCCAACUCUGAAGUUGAAGUGAAAUCCAUAGUGGACUUCAUCAAGAGCCACGGGAAAGUCAAAGCUUUUAUUACCCUUCACAGCUAUUCCCAACUGCUUAUGUUCCCCUAUGGCUAUAAAUGUACCAAGCCAGAUGACUUUAAUGAGCUGGAUGAAGUGGCCCAGAAGGCUGCCCAGGCUUUGAAAAGACUGCACGGCACCAGUUAUAAAGUGGGACCCAUCUGUUCUGUCAUCUACCAGGCGAGUGGUGGAAGCAUCGACUGGGCUUACGACCUUGGCAUCAAAUACUCAUUUGCCUUUGAACUGAGGGACACAGGUUUCUAUGGCUUCCUCCUGCCAGCCAAGCAGAUCUUGCCGACAGCAGAAGAGACCUGGCUUGGCCUGAAGACCAUCAUGGAGCACGUACGAGACCACCCCUAUUAGGGAUCGGCAGAAUAGACCGACACCAUUAAAGUCUCUGUGGUCUAAAGCA